UCAAGUGAGGGCGUGUAUGUCUGUGUGUCUGAGGGAGAGAGAGCGAGAGUGAGUGAGUGUGAGUGCGGGCUAGGGUGGUGGCCGUUACGUUCGGGGCAACGGCUAAGGCUGUGGAGAAGUAAGAAGAGGAACAACGUCCGGCGCUUCCGCCUUCGCUUAGGAGGAGGAGGAGCUGGUAGGAAAAAGAAAGUGAUUUGCCCCGGGCCUGGAUUAGGCUGAGUCGGGCGGGCGGGAGUCUGGGCUAUGAACCUCUGAAGGGUCGCUUGGGACGCGGAGCGAGACUCUAGAGCCGAGAGCGAUGUCUCAGCCGCCGCCGCCGCCGCCGCCGCCGCCGCCCCCCGAGGCUCCGCAGACCCCGCCGCCUCUGGCGGCCGCCGCGUCCGCGCCGGGGGGACUCUCGAAGCGGAGAGAUCGGAGAAUCCUCUCCGGCAGCUGCCCGGAUCCCAAGUGCCAGGCGCGCCUGUUCUUCCCGGCCUCCGGUUCUGUCAGCAUCGAGUGUACCGAGUGCGGGCAGCGGCACGAGCAGCAGCAACUGCUGGGGGUGGAGGAGGUGACCGACCCCGACGUGGUGCUCCACAACCUGCUGCGGAACGCGCUGCUCGGGGUGACGGGCGCGCCCAAGAAGAACACGGAGCUGGUGAAGGUGAUGGGCCUUUCCAACUACCACUGUAAACUCUUGUCGCCCAUCUUGGCUCGCUAUGGCAUGGACAAACAGACGGGCCGAGCCAAGCUGCUGCGGGACAUGAACCAGGGCGAGCUGUUCGAUUGCGCCCUGCUGGGCGACCGCGCCUUCCUCAUCGAGCCCGAGCACGUCAACACGGUGGGCUACGGCAAGGACCGCUCGGGAAGCCUCCUGUACCUGCACGACACGCUGGAGGACAUCAAGCGGGCCAAUAAAAGUCAGGAAUGCCUGAUCCCAGUGCAUGUGGACGGGGACGGCCACUGCCUGGUGCACGCCGUGUCCCGGGCCCUGGUGGGCCGGGAGCUCUUCUGGCACGCCCUGAGGGAGAAUCUCAAACAGCACUUCCAGCAGCAUCUGGCCCGCUACCAAGCCCUGUUCCACGACUUCAUCGACGCCGCAGAGUGGGAGGACAUCAUCAACGAGUGCGACCCUCUGUUCGUACCACCGGAGGGGGUCCCCUUGGGCCUGAGAAACAUCCACAUAUUCGGCCUGGCCAACGUGUUACACCGACCCAUUAUCCUGUUAGAUUCUCUCAGUGGCAUGAGGAGCUCUGGCGACUAUUCGGCCACCUUUCUGCCCGGACUCAUCCCUGCAGAGAAGUGCACGGGGAAAGAUGGACUUUUGAAUAAACCGAUCUGUAUCGCUUGGAGUAGCUCUGGUAGAAACCACUAUAUCCCCCUGGUAGGCAUAAAAGGGGCCGCGUUACCCAAACUGCCUAUGAAUUUGCUCCCGAAAGCAUGGGGUGUGCCCCAGGACCUUAUUAAGAAAUACAUCAAGCUCGAGGAGGACGGUGGUUGUGUUAUUGGAGGAGACAGAAGCUUGCAGGAUAAAUACUUACUUCGACUUGUUGCUGCUAUGGAAGAAGUCUUCAUGGACAAACAUGGGAUCCACCCCAGUUUGGUUGCUGAUGUGCAUCAGUAUUUCUACAGGAGGACUGGAGUGAUAGGAGUUCAGCCUGAAGAAGUCACAGCAGCUGCUAAAAGAGCAGUAAUGGAUAAUCGCCUUCACAAGUGUUUGCUGUGUGGUGCCCUUUCUGAACUUCAUGUUGCUCCAGAGUGGUUGGCUCCAGGAGGGAAACUGUAUAACCUGGCAAAAAGUACUCAUGGACAGCUGCGGCCUGACAAAAAUUACAGCUUUCCCUUGAACAAUUUGGUUUGCUCAUAUGAUUCAGUGAAAGAUGUUCUGGUGCCAGACUAUGGGUUGAGCAACCUAACAGCUUGUAAUUGGUGCCAUGGCGCAUCGGUGCGCAGGGUAAGAGGAGAUGGGUCUAUUGUGUAUUUGGAUGGGGACAGAACUAAUUCUAGGUCCACUGGUGGCAAGUGUGGCUGUGGCUUCAAACAUUUUUGGGACGGUAAAGAGUAUGACAAUCUACCAGAAGCUUUCCCUAUUACUUUGGAAUGGGGUGGAAGAGUGGUCCGAGAAACAGUAUAUUGGUUUCAGUAUGAAAGCGACUCGUCUUUGAAUAGCAAUGUUUAUGAUGUUGCCAUGAAACUUGUUACCAAGCACUUUCCAGGUGAAUUUGGAAGUGAAAUCCUAGUUCAGAAAGUUGUUCACACUAUAUUGCAUCAGACUGCCAAAAAGAAUCCAGAUGAUUAUACUCCUGUAAAUAUAGAUGGUGCUCAUGCCCAAAGACUUGGAGAUGUACAAGGACAAGAGUCAGAGUCUCAUCUCCCAACAAAAAUCAUCCUUACCGGACAGAAAACAAAAACUUUGCACAAGGAGGAGCUAAAUAUGAGUAAAACUGAAAGAACUAUUCAACAGAACAUUACGGAACAGGCUUCUGUAAUGCAGAAACGGAAAACAGAAAAGUUAAAACAAGAACAAAAAGGCCAGCCCAGGACUGUUUCUCCCAGUACCAUUCGUGACGGCCCCUCCUCUGCACCUGCUACCCCGACCAAGUCUCCCUACUCACCAAUAACUUCAAAGGAGAAGAAGAUUCGAAUAACAACUAAUGAUGGACGGCAGUCCAUGGUCACACUCAAGUCUUCCACAACCUUUUUUGAACUUCAGGAAAGCAUAGCCAGAGAAUUCAACAUUCCUCCAUAUUUACAGUGUAUUCGAUACGGCUUUCCUCCUAAAGAGUUAAUGCCACCCCAGGCAGGAAUGGAAAAGGAGCCAGUUCCUUUACAGCAUGGCGACCGAAUUACAAUAGAGAUUCUCAAAAGUAAAGCAGAAGGUGGUCAGUCUGCUGCUGCACACUCAGCCCACACUGUGAAACACGAAGAGAUGGCUAUUACUGGGAGACUGUCGUCCAAGGAGCUCCAGGAGCAAGCUGACAAAGAAAUGUACUCCUUGUGUCUUUUGGCGACAUUAAUGGGAGAAGAUGUAUGGUCUUAUGCAAAGGGUCUUCCUCACAUGUUCCAGCCGGGUGGUGUAUUCUACAAUAUUAUGAAGAAAACCAUGGAGAGAAAAGAGAGACACCACAACACCACCCCACCAUCUAUGGAGCUUCCCCAUGCUGUCUGUAGUGCUCCGUGUGGUGCUCAAGCUCAAGCCCAGGGCUUCAUGCAUGGCAUGGCUGAUGGCAAACACUGUACUUUCCCACAUCUGCCUGGCAAAACAUUUGUCUAUAAUGCUUCUGAAGAUAGACUGGAAUUGUGUGUGGAUACUGCAGGACAUUUCCCCAUCGGUCCUGAUGUUGAAGAUUUAGUUAAAGAGGCUUUAAGUCAGGUUCGAUCAGAGGCUUCUACAAGAAGUAGGGAAUCAAGUCCCUCACAUGGGCUAUUAAAACUAGGUAGUGGUGGAGUCGUGAAAAAGAAAUCUGAGCAGCUUCAUAAUGUAACUGCCUUUCAGGGAAAAGGACAUUCUCUAGGAACUGCAUCUAGUAACCCACACCUUGAUCCAAGAGCUAGAGAAAUUCCAGUUCUAAGAAAGCAUAACACAGGGACAGACUUUAGUAAUAGUUCCAUUAAAACAGAGCCUUCCGUAUUCACAGCUGCUCCGAGUAACAAUGAGCUUAUUCGAAUGGCACCUGGAGUAGUUACAAUGAGGGACAGCAGGCAAAUUGAUCCUGAUUUGGUGGAGGCCCAGCGAAAAAAAUUGCAGGAAAUGGUUUCUUCUAUUCAGGCUUCAAUGGACAAGCAUAUGCGGGAUCAAAAUACAGAGCAGUCACCAUCAGAUCUUCCUCAAAGGAAAGUAGAAGUUGGAAGUGCUAUGAAGUCUGGAAGUCUUCAAACUGGCCUGCCUGAAUCUUUUUCUUUAACUAGUGGCACUGAAAAUUUGAAUACAGAAUCAACUGAUAGCUGUGUGGCAGAGGCACUGGGAGCAGCAUUUGCCACAAGAUCAAAAGCACAAAAGGGAAAUUCAGUGGAGGAGCCUGAAGAGAUGGAUAGUCAAGAUGCUGAGAUGUCAAAUACAGCUGAGCCAAUGGAUCACUCUUGAUUUAGUUAGAGGCUAAAAAGGCAGAAUGUUUAUUGUGAAUAUGUAAUAUUUGUUGGCUGGGCCACAUACCUUGAUUAGUCAUUAAAAAUCCUGUACGUAUAUAAUUCAAAGAUUAUAUCUUGUUAUUCAUGCAUGAUAGCAAAUCUGUGAUUGGCAAUAGCUUUUAAUACACUGCUGCCCAGGCUGGCUCUGAAUUUCUAUAAAUUAGUUAUUAGAUCUGCUGAAAGUUAUUGGAUCUCCCAUAUAUGUGGUUCAUUGGAAAGUUUUUUGUAAUUUUAAUUCCAUGAAAGUCUUAAUGUUUCAAACAUGAAAAUUCUGUUGCUAAAGCUGAUGUCUAAAGAGGCUAGAACUGGGAGAGAAGUGAGAUUUUGCUAAUGUUGAUGUCAUCAGGGUAACUAUCCCAGCAUGCUUAUUAUUAUUUGAAUGCCAAAAGGGUGACAUCAGUUUGAAGGUUAUCCGAACUAAUUUGUAUUUAAAAUUCAUAAAAUGAUUUAGUAAGACAUUGGGGGAUGCUGACAUUCCCUUGAAAGUAAACUUCACAGAGAUAUGUAUUCUUGGUAAAAAAAAAAAUAUCUUAAGAAUAGAGUGUAAUGAUAAAUAUUUUGCUGACGAGCAAAGUGGGGGAAAAUAUCUAUUCUAGAAUGAUAACGUCGAUGUGAUUCGGUUAUGUUGCUUUCUGAGCCAGCAUAGCCAAUUGUGUGCUCUGUUGUUGAUAACAUGUUACCAUUACUUUUUGAAUCCUGACCUGGUCGAGUGCCACGGGUUUUUUUUUUCCUUUAAUCUUGCAGAAAAGUUGAUUGCAAAAUAUGAUAGAAAGAAAUAAUGGUAGCAGUAGUUAAUCUCUAAUUUUCAGAGUUUGUCAGACUCACAGAAUUUAUAAGAAUUUAUCUUUGUGAAUGAGUUACAAUGUCCUACAAUUGUGAUCAGUGGUAUUUAAGCUUGUAUAUGAUAUCUAAGUGUCUUUGAGCCCCUUUGAACCAAAAAUGUUUCCUUUUUAUUUUUAAAGCCCUUAAGAUUUUCUUUAUUUUGUUGGGUUUUCUUUAUUGCUUGGAUUUUGAUGCAAAUUUUACUGCAUCAUACCCUAAUCAACUGGGCAUUCGCCUAAAUAGUUUUCUAGUGCCAGUUUUCUCAAGAAGCAGAUUUUGUGCUUAUUCCCUAAAGACAAAGAAUGUUUAUCCUGAGAUUGGUAUAGCACUAUUUUAUCCUAUUCUGCAAAUCUGUAAUCUGAAAUGUACAUUUCAAUCCAUCCUUUUCCUCUUCCUCUGUUCACUGAAAUUAAGUUGAAUUUGAAUGGAUGAAAGACAAAAUGUAUGUUAAUACAGUCUCCUAGAGCAUUCAAAGCCUGGCUGUCUCUGAUUGCACGAAACAGAUACAGAACUCUGCAUUCUAAGAAAAUGUACAGAAAGUUUAUCAUCAGGUGUUUUAAGUAUUCUGGCCUAUUGAUUCAGAGGGAAUGUAGACAGUACUUUAACUUGUGUUUCCAAAUAAGGGAGGUUUUGUUUUUCUUUCUAUGAAAGUAUCUCCAACUGAAUCCACUCACUAAAUGAAUAACUCCAUUUUGAAUAAAUAGUAGAAUAUGUAGACAUUUUGUGAUGUCUCAGCAAGACAUAUAUUGGUUAGUUCAGGUUAGUUCUAUCACAUCACUUUUUUUUUUUUUUUCAUCAUCGAGAUUUCACCACUGUGGGCCAAUACAUAUAUAUAUAUAUUUGGUAGAAGAGAUUCAGAAAUAGGCAAAGAUACCAUAGCACCGAAGCUUCCUCCACUGCGGUGGAGGCCAGGCUUGGAUUUGGGUUAUGCAUGGCAAAGUAGGUGACUUAACUAUCCAAGUGAGCUUUUCUGCUGACCCUUUACAGCACACUUUUAAGCCACAUUUUUAUCUCCAUUUUUCUAAAUUCACUUUCAGAUAUCUUCUAUCAAAAUAGGAAAGCUUAGACCUUGUACAUUGUGCACUAGAACUGCAGGAGCAAAAUAGUUUAGUGUAGGUGGCUUCUAUGUAUGAAGUUAAAAGUCACAGGUAUCACUAACCACUAUAAUAUUUUUUGCCUUUUUCAGCUGUUGAAACAUCCCAAAUCCCCCCACCCCCUCUUUUUUUUAAGUUGAAAUAAAGGAAAACUUUAAUAUAAUGCCGUGCUUCCAGGUAAAUGUUAUAAAAUUACCUUUUUAAAAAAACAAAUGCUUUCUUCACCUGUGGAUUGGUAAAUUUCAGAAAUAACUGACAGAUGUACUUUCACAACAUAAAGUAAAAAUAUCAGUAAUAUUUUUAAAUCCCUGUAACAUUAAAUAUUACACUUAGUCAAAUUAAAGUGUACUGGUGAACAUUCAAAGGUGGGCUUAGUCUCUGACAACACAAUUUCUCUCCACAGCAAUGCUUUUUAGAAACUAGUGAAGCAUAAAUAAAACAAGUUGCGUUUGCCCUUGAUGAGGAACAAAAGUCAUGAUUCUUAAAAACAGGCUUCUUGAAAUUAUUUUAAGUAAGCAAAAUUUGUCUUGGGUAAUUAAUGAUUUGUGAGAAAUGCACCAAAUAACUUCACAAAGAAGUUUUUAGAACAAAAUUGAAGUUUUUAGGUAUCAUAUUUGUCCUUCCAUAUGGUUAUCGUCAAAUAUAAGACUAUUGAAUGAUUAUUUUUAGUACUACCAUUUGUGAUUACCACAAUUUUAAUCCAAACUAGAGACCUUUAUGUUAAGAUACUUUUAGCUAAAGAUUAACAUCAUAAUUUAACCCAAUAAUUAAAUCCAUUUGUAAUGUUUCACUGAAAAUUAAAGUAAAAUUUGUUUUAGUAAUCAAAUUUCUAGUUCAUCUAGUUAACCUAACUUUGAAUUGAUGACCCAAAAUAAGUAGAAGUGAAGAUGGUGUGUCUAGAAUACUGCUAGUGAAAAACCAGUUAAAAUUGAAGAAAACAAAACAUUGCUAAGUAUUACGAGCUAGAAUAUAAUUAGCUCCAAGGGAAUGCUUAUUCAGCAACUAGUUAAGGAGCAAAGGCUAAGGCCCAUUCCAUUCCCUACCCCUCUUUCAGUUUGUUUAAGUAGUUCGUGAAAUUUGAUUUAUAAAGUCUUCUGAUGAUUUUAGUAAGCUUUUACAGCCAAGCCUGCUGUCUGCAGUUAAGAUAAUCUGAAAUGCAUUUGUGAGUCCCAGCCAGCCACAUGUCCAUAUUGCCAUUAUUUUUAACUAUCCAGUUUCAUUGGAAAUGAGCAGAUUUUUCCAUAUGGUCUCUUACCUCAGGGAAGAUCACUUGCUAGUAACUCAUGUACUACUCAUGUUUUUUGACAAUUAUACUGACAUACAUGUAAACUACUAAAUGCAAAAUUUGUAACAGUAUUACUUUAUGUAGUUUCCGACCUUAACAGUGGCUGGCAGUAAACACUUGCUUAGAAUUUAGACCUUACUAGCAACUAUCGAGUUUGAAAUAAAAUGAUAACUUCUAUCAUUGAUAGAAUUGGCCAGUGUACAGAAUAUUACAAAAUGUUUGAAUUCCAAACAUCAGUACAAUUGUGUUUUUAUAUAUCAAUAAUAAUUUUAAUUGGUUCAUAGUCAAAAUACUACAGAGCAGAGUUUGAGGGUGUUGCGGUUCUCUAAGCAAGGUUUCAUGUUAGGAUUUUCAUGAACAUCUUUGAAAUUUCUUAUUAAACUCUACUCAUCUGAAUAUGAAUUUAAAAUGACCUUUUCUAACAGUAUUAGUGAGAUACAUAUUCUAACUAUAUUGGGUUAUCCUGCAUUUCAGUGUUGCAUAAUUGAACAACAUGAUGCAACCUCAACAUUCUUCAUAAUUUUUUUUCAAAUCAAAACAUACAGUAGUGGAAUGUGUACCUAUGGAAUAAAAUAACAAAUGAGAGUUAUAUCACCAGUUAAGAUUUACAAUUAACUUUUAAGUUCUGUCAUUCUUAAUAAUUCUUUGAGAUACUAAGUGUUUAAAUUCAUAUUUAGUGAUACUUAAAUCGUGAGGACUUUAAUGUGUGUUCCAAAAUAGCAGAAAAUGUAAAAAAUUGUGAAUUAUUGGAGAAAAUGCCAUUACUUGUAUAUCUGACAUUUAAUUUUUUAAAUUAUGGAGUCUACAUGCUUUUGUAGUAUAUUAAUAAUACAAUGAUUAUUCUCUUGUAAAAGAAAAGGAAAACUAGUAAAAGUUAUAGUUGAUGUU